UUUAUCUGUCAAUGUCAAAGAAAUGUUGAAUUUUUGUUGUUGAUUUCAUUCCAAUUUCGUGUUUAAAUGUAUAUAGGCAAAUAUUUUUUUUUUGAAAUUUUGCUCCGCUGGAAUCGCUUGCAACCGUGUUUUGUGAAGGCGAUCUAUCGGAACGGUGACUGACGGAACGGCGAAAGUUUUCUAUGACGAUGAGAAGUCGAAUUUUUGGAUUUUUCGCGUGACAAGUUCGUUGUGAAAAAACCGAGGCAGAAACCUAACAAUAUUGUUUAGAGCCUUUGCAAGCAAUUGACAACGAGUGCGCUACUCUGGCGGGUGCGGGCGGUGCAAGUUGGGUGUGAAAUCGCAAAAAAUCAAUUGCCUUGCCUCAAUUUUAUCUCCUCGUCGAUUCUUUUUGCGUGUGUGAAAAAGAAAAAAGAAGAAAAGAAAACGACAAAAAAAAAAAUAUAGAAAAGAAAAUCAAAAGCAAAGGCAGCUGAAAAAAAAGCCCCACACACACACACACUCAACGAAAAAAAAGUACGAAAAAGUCAGCAGGCCACACACGGAAAAAGCGAAAAAGUGAAAAAAAAAGCUAAGAAAACGAGCAGCAGCAGCAGCAGCACAGCGACGACGACGUCGACGAGAAGUUGAGAAGAAAAUGUGCAGGAGCAGGGGCGGAGGAGCAGGAGCCGUAUCCGUAUCCAAAUCCGUAUCCGAAUCUGAAGUAGCAGCAGCAGCAGCACCAGUAGCAGCCGUAUAAAUAAAUAAUAGCACAGAAGCUAAAGCUAAAGCUAAAGUCAAAGCUAUAGAAGCUAAAGGGGUGUUGCAGUCACAUUUUCGGAGGAUAUGUGUACAUGAACGGAGAUGCAGUCAAGAUCCAGCAGCCCGUCUACACCAAUGUUCCUGUCGAGACGGCGAUGCUAGCCACUAAUCUGUUCGGUGCCACCACACAGAUCGCAGCCCCAGCCGCCGCCGCAGCCCACAUACCGUUGAUAACCGCCGCCAGCGCCGCAGCAGCUGCAGCGCCAACAGCCGUAGCACCCGCUCAGCAUCCACAGCAGCAGCAUCCACAACAGCAACAACAGAAUCAGACGCCGCAGAUUCCUCACCAACAGCAGCAGCAGCAACAGGCACAGCAGGUGCAGGUGCAGGUGCAACAGCCCCACCCACACCAAGCUCAGCUUAUCGCUCACACACACGCCGCCCACCAACAACAACAACUCCCGACUCAGAUUCAGGCCCAUCCCGCCCAGCACUUGCCGUACGGCCAUCAGCCGGCGCCUCCUAACACUGCAGCAGGAGCUGGAGUUGCAUCAGUGGCCGGUCCGAGCGGUGCCGUUGUUGGAGGAGUAGCGGCGGUAGCCGGAGUAGGUGGUGUUGCCACCGGUGAGACAAGCAUCGACAACGCCGAAUUCGCCGCCAUCAUGAAUGGAGCGCUUGCUCAGACCCAAGAUGGCACGGUCGUCUGCUAUACCGAUGCAAUGGUACCUGGUGUCCAAAACACGAAUUUAGUCGCCCUCGAGCCGCAACCCCAACAUAUUGUAUUGCCAGUGCAGGUCCCGGUGCAAGUCCCAGUGCCUGUUCAGCUGCCCGUUCAGACGGUACCGGCCAACGGAUCAGCAGCGGAACAGCAUCAACAAAUGCAGCAGCAACUGCAGCAGGGACAGCAGGGUAGCCACAAUGCCACCGCUGGAGAAGAUCCCAACAUACCAAUGGACAAGCUCAAGCAGAUGCUGGCUACUCAGCUCGAGUAUUACUUUUCCAGAGAGAAUCUGGCGAAUGAUUCAUACCUUCUGUCGCAGAUGGAUCAUGAUCAGUAUGUGCCCAUCUGGACGGUGGCCAAGUUUAAUUUGGUGAAGAAGCUAACCAAGGACCUCAAUCUGAUUACCGAGGUGCUAAGGGAAUCCCCCAAUGUACAGGUUGAUGAAAAGGGCUUGCGCGUGCGCCCCAAUCGCAAACGUUGCAUCAUCAUUCUUCGCGAAAUAUCUCCCAACACACCCCCAGAUGACGUCAAGGCCCUGUUCAGCAACGAAAGCUGCCCUACACCGCUCUCGUGUGAGUUUGCGGGGAACAACUCGUGGUACGUGACCUUUGAGUCGGACGAGCAUGCGCAAAAAGCAUUCCAGUACCUGCGCGAGGAAGUCAAGGAGUUCCAGGGCAAGCCGAUUAUGGCGCGCAUCAAGCCAAAGUCGUUCAUCAAUCGCAUCCAAACUGUACCAAAUGUUAAGAACGGCUACCGUCUCACGUCGCCGCCGACUGCCACCGUCUAUGAUCCAUCCGGAGCCGGUGCUGCACCCGUUAGCUAUGCUCCUCAGCAGCGUUACAUAUACACCGCCAACGGAGCUGCCAUCGCUCCAUCAGUUCCAUAUAGCAAUCAAGUGUUGAUUCCGAUUCAGCAAAAUCAGUUCUAUCCCAGCAUUGUAGCCGGGCCAUGGCCACCGGGAACAGUCGCAACCACUGCCCCACAUGGUCAGAACUUUUACGAUAUCGGGGGAAACCUUUUCGCAGCACCGCAGGCCGUGGCAACUAGCUUCACGCCCGCUCCUCCACCCGCCACACAGCAGAUGGUUACAUCCAAGCCACCAGGCGGCGGCGGUGGUCGUUACAAUAACAACAACCAUCGCGGUAAUCCCAACAAUGUUGGCGGGGCGAAUCCCGGACCACGAGGAGAAUCGCGAGGCAAGCCCCCACGCAAUGCCCAGAAUCCACCGCACCUUCAGGCGGGCAGCAUCGUGCCAAUCCAGAUAACUAGUGCCAUUCCUGGUGGAAUGGUAAGCGUGCUACCGGCCAAUAUAGUGCAGGGCGAUCCUCUCCAGCAGGCUGCAUUGCAGGCGCCGCAGCAGCCCCAGCCGGUGCAACAUCAGAUCCAACAGCAGUCGGCUGGCUCCACUCAGCAACAGCAGCAGCAGCAGCAGACGGUACAGGUUAAUACCACCAUUCGCCACUAUUCUGUCAAGAGCACCUGGAAGGGCGGCAUGCAGAAGAACUUGGAUAAAAACUACAGCGGUGGCGUAGCCAGUCAUCAUCACUACGGCAGCCAGGUGCAGGUCCACCAUCUGCAACCACAACAGCAGCAGCAACAGGGACAAUAUCAAUUGGCUUCCUCUGGUGCCGGUAGUGCACCGCAAGUAUCCUAUGCCAGUGCUCAGGCUCCUCAGCACCACAUAGUGGUGCAACAGCCACCACAGCCCCAGCCACAACAGCAACAGCAGGUGGUGCAGCAGCAAGCGGUUCAGGAGCUGCAGGAGGCUGGGGACAGCGUGGAGCAUGGCUCGCACGGCAUGCAGCAGCAGAAUCGCAGUAGCAACAUGUCGGCCAGCUCGUCGUCAUCGUUGGCCACCUCGAUUAGCAAGGAGCCGCUGCACUGGCAAUCGCGGCCGCGUCGCCGUCGUCGGGAUGAAGAGGGCGGAAACGGCAUCAACUACUCUCCAGGCGGCCGAGUUGGGCUCUAUGGCAGCUCUCCAUCUAAUCCGCAUCAACAGCAGCAGCAACACCUGCUGUCGUCCUCCUCAUCGUCCACCACCAAUGUCCAGUCUGGCGGUGGAGGUGGCCAUGGAAGCGGCGGCUCCCAUCGUGGUGGCGGGGAGCGCGGAGAGAACAACUAUAACACCACACCCAUCCACGACGUCCCACCGCCCCAGCACCGGGGCAACUACAAGGGUAACAACUACAACCCGCACUACCAUGCCCAGCACUCGUCAAUGGCGAGCGGCUCCCACCACCACCAUCAUCAGCACCACCAACAGCAACAGCAGCAGCACCACCACCACAGCGGCCUAUCCUCGCAGCAGCAGCUGCACCACUACCACCCGCAUCACCACCACCACCAUAACUCGAUCGGCAGCAAUGUGGGCAACAGCGGUGGCUUAGGCGUCAGCAGCGGCGGAUCUUCGGGUGGUGGUGGGGGAUCCGGAAAUAAUAGCCUGUCGGGCGGCAAUUCGUUGGGCUAUCAGGGCCACCAGCAUCAACACCAGCAGCAGCAGCAACAACAGCAGCAGCAACAGCAGCAACCCCCGGCUCCAGUCCAGCCGCCGCAGUUCGAUCUAGAGGCUGCCGCUUUCCCACCGCUGCCAGCCACCACUCAGGCUAGCAGUAAUGCCUCUCUCCAAAACAACAGCUCCUCCAGCGCUAGUUCGGCUCCAAAGCAUGCCUUGCAGCAACAGCAUCAUUACCAGCAGCAGCAGCAGCAACAGCCGCCGCACCAGAUGAGCAGCAGCGUGGAGAGUGAGGAACAGCAGUCGGUGGAGGGCAAUACUGUACAGCAGCAGGGCAAUAGUUCCUCCAACUGGGCCGAGAACCGUUUAUCUGAUGUGGUCCGCACUGGCGGUGGUGGUAAAGGCAAAGCCCGCAAGGAGAAUCGCCACCACCAGGGCCAGAACACCAGCCACAACUAUCAGCAGCGAAAUCAUCCAGUUAGCCCCACGCCCGUUGUGAGCGCCGAGCUCCAGGAGGGCACCCAUACCAAGAACGUUACUAAGCAGAGCUCCAGUAACAACAGUUCGAUCCAUGUGAUAAAGUGUCAAACACCAAAUAUCAAUGCCAGCAACAAAGAGGAUGCAGUCGCCGGAGGAGCUGGCAGCCAGCUGGAAAAAUCAAAUAAGACUGAGGAUGAAGUGCAUCCAAAACAGCAGCAGCGACUGAUUACUGAGGGUUACAACGAGUACUCCGCGGGCGCUGGCGCUGGCGCCUGCCCCGUAGUGGAUGCUUCGGGUUUGACUGCCGCUAUGGCCGAUUGCAGCCUCGGCCAGCACAAGAAGCCGCCUGCAGUGGCUGCCCUGCACGCUAAGAAGGAGUUAAAUCUACUCGAAAAGCAGGCUUCCGGCAAACACAAGAGCGUGGCCACCUCUACCUCGACGGAGAACUUGUCGGCCGCCGCCACAGCUAGCAAGCUCAGCUACGCCCAGGUGGCCCAGCACCACAAAGCUCCCUCAGAGAGCAAGGAGAUGAGCUCGGGUGGCUCGACAGGCACCCUCUCGCCCACCGGCAGCCAUAAAAUGGAUCUAGUAUUCGGCGAUCCCGUCGCUGUAGCAGCGGCCGUGGAGAAGAGCGGACUGAGCGGUGUCGUGGCCGAGAAGCGUGUUGCCGGUGGAGCUUCGCCAGCUGUCGCGACCCUUCCUGGAAAAGCAGUUGUCGGCGUUGUUGCCCCUGCUGCCAACAAUGCCACCCAACCCAACAUAGCUGUCGUCGUGUCUGCCAAGGAAAAAGAUGCUCGUCCAAAUACUGCGGCAACCGCCUCGCCCUUGGCCGGUGGCGGAGCCGUGCGCCAUCAGAGCAAGGAGAAACACCAGCAGCAGCAGCAGCAGCAACAUUACAGCUCUGCCAUAGAGCAUCCGAAUGCCAAUGCCAAUGUGGGCUCCGGAACCGGCGGUAACCGCAAGUCCAGAGCCAACAACUCUUAGGGAGUGGAGGAGUGAUAAGGAUGAUAAGGAAAAAGAAACAGUGAAGAGGAGUAGAGAGAAGAACCGCGUUGCCAAAAGUGAGAGGCAACUGUGAGAUACCUUUUGCAGGAUGCCUCUAAGAAUGCAUCAUCUGCCUGUACAUAUAUGAAAUUCCAUGUGUAAAUAUGAGAAACCAUUUUUGUUAUAUCUGUAAGUGCUAUAGAUAUUUACAAGCUAACUAGGAGGCAAACGAAAGUAGUCACCGCUGCUGGUCUUUGAAAGACUUGAAACGAAAGGACACGAAGCCGUAGAGGAUGCAAGGGCAAGCAGCUGGAGACGAUCGGACCAGUUAUCAUAUUAGUAGGCAAGGACGUAGAAUGAAUGGUGCAUACCCUUUCUUCAGCUAUAUAUAACAUACUUAUAUAUAUACAUAUAUAUAUAUAGACAUAUAUAUAAUAUUCAGUUAUCAGUUAAUGUUAAUCUACCUAGGCUUAAGCCAUGUUACCUAUGCUCGAGGGUAAACAGAUACAUAUAUAGUUUUGCGCUGCUCGGUAGCGGAGUAGCGGAGAAAAGUAGACACAGAAACAGAAAAGAGAUGAAUACGCCUAAGCUAUCUUUACGAUUACCAUUAACGAGAUGUCGAGUGAAUCAAUCUAAGGUUUGAACUUAUGUGUUGUACGAGAACUUGCAUCAAACGACAAAACCACAAAACUAAAGCAAGCUUAAGCCAAGCAAAACCUAAUCAUAAGCAUUCAGAUAGUGAGAGCGAUUAAGGGGAAAGAAGUAACGAAAUACUAGGUUCUAUUUAUCAAAUAUUACCAGUAAACUCAUGAAUCACGAGUUGAUUUAACGUUAAUAUUAUAUACGUUUAACAUUUCAUUAUUUUCGUUUAUGCCUACACAUCAAACUUAAUGUUUAUAGCCAAAACAGAAGUACACAGAUACGAGUAUGUAGCGUAUAUGUUAACUAUAUACAUAGCUAUGUCUCCGCUAGUCCCACAAGUUAGGGUUACUUCAAUUAUUUAGAUAUAUAUACAUCCAUAUACAAUCUAACAAUUAUUUUGAAUUGUUAACCACGGUGGUGUUGCACAAAUAUUCUGCUAGAAACGAGGAAGGCUUCUGCAGCAUCACCGCCUAAAACGUAUUAUCAGAUAAUAUUGUUUUGAUGAAGGAUAUAUUAUUUUUUUUUUUUUUAAUAUCGGGGGUGUGAUUAUUUGAAAGCUUUUCAUUCAUUUCAAAUAAGGGAUAUGUGCGCCACCCCCUUGAGUAAUUAUUUAAUUAUGGGGAUUCUCGUACUUAGUUCACGACUUUAGGGAUCCUGCAAACCACCCACACAUACAGACACUGACACACGCAUAGACCGACCCUAAACCUAUAUACCCUCAGACAUCGACUCUCGUGUUAAUCCCUCAUUUUUGGAUACUUAUAUCUUGUAUAGUGGAGAAGAACUUACAUUUUAAAAUUGCAUUUGUUUUUACAUGAAGGCAAUUUCUCAGUUUAAUGGUUUCACACAUCUAUUUCAGUAAACAAACAACAAAAAAACGAAAUGAAUUACGAGGUUAGCGCAUUGCUAAAAAUACUAAACUUUAUCUUUACGAAGCGUAGGUGGACACCGCUAAGCUCAGCUCAGCUCAUAAGACAAAUACACUAACUAAUGUUAUAUUUACGGCUCUAUGCGCGGAACAAUAAGUAAUUUUGUAUAUAAUAUAUAUACGAAAAGGUGCCAUAAACUAAAAAAAAAAAACAACAAAAACAAACGACACUCACAGACACACACACACACAGCAUACACACAAAAUUCUUUCGAGGUUUAGGACGACAACACAAAUAGGCAUUUAAAACAGAUUCUUAACUAAGUUUUACUGUCUCUCAAUUAUAAAAAACAAUGAAAAAGAUGCUGCUUUUCCCUCGCCCCACCCCCAGCUAAUUAUCGAUGCUCAUCACCAUAGAUUUAUAUAUCAUACAUAUAGUUUUUUGAUUAGGAAUACGUUUUAAUUAUUGUUUUUCAUUUUAUUGUUUUAUUUUUUCCGCACAAACUUUUAAUCCGGCAUGUAAACUAAUCCCUGAUCGGCAAAAGGGAGACAAGAGAGAGAGAAAAAAAUAAUCACUAACUUUAAGAGAACACACACCAACACACACAUGAUAUCUACAAACUAUUUUAGGCUUAAGAACUAAGUUUAGGUAUGCAUACCAUAUAUGGAUAUUCACACUUAAAACGAUGAUUUGUUCAUGUUACCAUUAACGAUUUAACCAAAAUUUGAGAACAAGCUUCUUUCCAACCACUUCCAGACCAAAUCAAAACGAACCAUAUUAUUAUUUUUUCACAUUUUUAUAAGAAGACAUGUUCCAUAAACCUUUCCAGAAAGAGUCGUAUUAUUUUUUUUAUUUUUUCGAAAAAUUUUGCUUAUGAACCCCCCUGUGAAUAAAACCGAACAAUGUUUUUUUUUCUCAUUUUUCCCCCUCCCACAAAGGAAAAACUAUUAUUGAAAUUUUAUCCAAAAUCAAAACUAAACAAAAAAAAAAAAAAGAAAAAGAGGAGAAUAAGAUUUCUAUACUAUAUAAAACGCAAGACUUCCAACCAAAAUGAAAAUGAUUAAUGUAAAAGGAAAAA